CAAUAACCGUACUAUACGUUCUUUUCAUCUUCAUCCAUUCACGUCUACCAUUUCCCGGCAUUAUCCAUGGAUUCCAUCCCCGUAGGUUACUCGGAAAUGUGGAUUAUGAUCAAAUACGACGGUCAAUGGGUGUCAAAUACUUUGUUUUCUAGUAUUCAUGUUGCCGGCAUAACUAUACCGUCCAAUUGUACGUAUGAUGCCCUACGUUCUGAAGUUUGUGCUGCGAUGGGAGAGCCCUAUGCCGGCAAGAACAUUAAGAUGUCAUACGUUUUUGCUGCGUGCCCACCUCCUGUGAAUGUAUGUGAUGACGAUACUCUACUCUUUUAUCUACAAUUGAAGAGUUUGCAAAAGGACCCAAUGCAAAUGCCUUUGUGUGUUGAAUUUGUAUCCGGUGAGGAGGUUGAUGCUACGACUGGAGAGGAUCAGAGCAUCACAAUAUGUGAUGAUAUUCACAAUGAAAGUGGAAUUAAUCCUCCGAGUUAUCUCGAACAGCGUGGUGGCUUAAGUGAUGAAGGCAAUAAUUUCAGUCACACUGUGGAUGCAGACUUUGAACUUGAACACAUUUCGAGUGCUGAAAUUACGAGGUUAAAUUCUCUUGUAGAUGAAGAGAUUCAUAAUAUGCCUGUAGUCAAGCAUUCCGAACCCACGUGCAUUGCAUUGAAUAGCAUCUAUGGAAGCAAGAAGGAACUUGAUUUUCACUUAAAGAUGUAUGCCAUUACCAACUUUUUUCAAUAUAGAACGAAGACUUCUUGCCCGAUGGUUUUGCAUGUUGUGUGUGUUGAUUACCCCAAUUGCAAGUGGGCUGUGCGUGCUGUGUGCGUUGACAAAGUGUCGUUGUUCCAAGUUAAAAGAUUUGACUCUGAGCACACAUGCCCCAUUGAUUUGCGUCAACGAAAUAACCGCCAGGCUACGUCUAGGAUUAUUGCCGAACUAAUCAAACACGAGUACGGUGAUCCCUCCAAUAAGCCAUACCCUCCGAAAUCAAUCAUGCUUGAUAUGCAAACCAAAUAUGGCAUUUACAUGUCAUACAAAAAAGCAUGGAUUGCCAAAGAAUUGGCAAUGGAAUUGGCUAUGGGAUCUGAAAAACAAUCAUAUGCUCGGUUACCUUCCAUGUGUUAUGUGCUUGAUAGGAGUAACCCAGGUUCUAUUGUUUCUUAUUCAUGCAAGGAAAAUGGUGAAUUUAAAAAUUUUUUCAUGUGCCUUUCUGCAUGGAAAGAUGGUUGGAUUCAUUGCAUUCCUGUUAUAAUUGUGGACGGGUCUUUUUUGAAGUCAUAUUACAAGGGUACAUUACUCACUGCAUGUACACAAGAUGCAAACAAACAAAUAUUUCCUUUGGCAUUUGGUAUUUGUAGUGGGGAAAAUACUGAAAACUGGUCAUGGUUCUUCAGCAUGUUGAAGUGUUCGUUGACGCAUAGGGAUGAUCUAUAUAUUGUGUCUGAUCGGCACGAGGGCAUUAUUAGUGCUGUGCGUUCUGUAUUUCCUCAUGCAGAGCAUGGGUAUUGUGUUUACCACAUUCUGGCUAAUUUGAAAACAAGAUUUCGUGGCUCCCAAACAACCGUGUCAUGGAAGUUUCUGCAAGCUGCUCGUGUAGGAUCUGUGUAUGAGUGUGAAGAGUACCUUCGCAUGCUUGACAGUGAGGAUGAACGUAUUCGUACGUAUUUAGAGCGGAUCGGUUAUGACAAAUGGUCUCGUGCAUAUGCCAGUCGGAAUCGAUACUCGGUUAUGAUGUCAAACAAUGCGGAGUCAUUAAAUGCAGUUAAUGCCACGGCCCGAGAAUACCCAAUCUGUAAGUUGAUAGAGUUUAUUAUUGCUAGGAUGCAAAAGUGGUUCUGUGAAAGGCGAGAAACUUCUACGUCUAACACUUGUCGUUUGUCUACACACUUUGAGUCUGAGCUAGUAGUGUUACAAGCUAUGGCCGCCGUGAUGACAGUGAAACCAUCAUGUGCUUUUGAGUUUGAGGUGUUUGAUAAGAAAUCCCGCUCGUAUGUUGUCAACUUGAAAGAACGUACGUGCACUUGUCGGGAAUUUGAGCUUGAUGGCUUUUUGUGUGUACAUUCCGUUGCUGCUAUUCGCUCUCGACCAGGACUUUCUUGCUACGAUUAUAUAUCAGAAUUCUAUACAGCACAUCAUUGGGCACAAACAUACUGUGGCAUUAUUCAUCCUAUUGGGAGUCCGGAUGGUUGGAUGGUACCCCCUCAUGUUAGUCAAAUCACUUGCAAGCCCCCAUCAUGCGAAACACGACCUCCUGGAAGGCCGAAGAAGAGAAGGAUUCCUUCUACCGGAGAACAUGUUCGGAAACAAGCAUGCACUCGUUGUCACGUGGUUGGACACAACCGAAAGACCUGCAGAAAUCCGAUUCCGCUACACAUGCGUUAAAAACUGCUUUUAAUAGCCAUUUUUUUUAUAUUGUUACGAAUUUAGUGACAUUCACCAGUUUGGUUUUGCUUUCUUUCUGAACAUUCUUGUUAAUGUUAUUUAUUUCUGGAUAUCAAUUCCAUAUGACUUGCUUCCCACCAUGUGUGAAUGAUUGUGCUUUACUAGUUA